AUGGCGGCAGGCACACAGAAUUUCUACGAGCUUUACCGCCGUAGCAGCAUCGGCGUCACGCUGACGGAUACGCUCGAUGAUCUGAUCACCGAGCACCGUAUCGAUCCGCAGCUGGCCAUGAAGAUCCUCGCCAACUUCGAUCGUGCCAUCGCUGAGACGCUGCAGGAUAAGGUCAAGGCACGCCUGACGUUCAAGGGCUCUCUCGAUACGUACCGCUUCUGCGAUGAAGUGUGGACCUUCCUUAUCAAGAACGUGCAAUUCAAGAUGGAGGGUGGUGGACAGACGGUGGUCGCGGACAAAGUCAAGAUUGUCAGCUGCAACGCAAAGAAGCCUGGUGAAGGCCAGUAG